AUGUCCGUUGGAGGUGGUCCCGAUUUCGACCUGGCAUCAGUUCAACUCCAGUGCCCUGUGAAGCUCACCGACCGUCCUGAACUAGGGAGGGGUUCGUAUGGCGUGGUACUAGAGGCGGAGAUUCCUGGGGCGGUUUGCGCUGUGAAAAGGGUACACGAUGUGUUUGCAAAGCAAGAUAGGGACUGGCAGAGUCCCGAGCAAAUACAGGAGAAGUUUCUCCGAGAGUGUAAAGUGAUAGGCCGCUUGCGCCAUCCGCACAUUGUGCAAUUUCUCGGAGUGUGCGAGAUUGUCGUCCGAGGCACCCCUACCCUCGGUCUGGCAACAGAGAAGCUUUUUAUCGAUCUGCAUUCUAUGCUCGACCAGUCACCCACAAGUAUUCCACUUGGUCUCAAAUUCUCCAUCCUUCACGAUGUAGCUUCGGGUCUUCAUUUCCUUCAUGCUCAGACUCCUCCCAUCAUCCACCGUGAUCUUACCGCACCCAAUGUCCUCCUCAAUUCAGCGAUGGUCGCCAAGAUAGCUGAUCUCGGCAUGGCCCGCCUCAUUCCUGAUGGAGAAAAUCAACUAACCAGGAGGCCAGGAAAUCCAUCCUACAUGCCCCCUGAAUCAGAAGGGAAAACGUAUGAGAAAUCCCUUGAUAUGUUCUCCUUUGGUGUUUUGGCCCUUUUCACUUUGAUACAAAAGUUUCCUGAGCCUUUACCCGUAAAAUCAACCGAGGAGGGGAAGCCUGUUUUCCGCUCUGAAGGACAGCGUCGAGACCCCUUCCUAAAGGAGUUGCGUGAGGUGGUGAAGGGCCAUGAGAGUCUGAUUGAAGCAGUAGAGCAGUGCCUUGAUGACAACCGUACGAAAAGGCCUGAAGUCAAAGCCAUGCUGGCUCUCUUGCAGUCUGCAAAAACAGAGACUUCGACAGAACACCUUGAAAUGAGUAAACUUGACUUAGUCCGAGCCAUUGAGAAAGAGCGAGAAGAUAACAAACAGGAGCAACGCAAUAUCAGGAGAGAGUGUGAUGAAGCCAAAAUAGAGCGAGAAAAUAUCAGAGAGGAGCUAAAGAGGAUGCAGGAGGAGCACAGGAGGGAGCUGGAAGAUCUCAAUAGAGAGCAGGGAGACAAGCUCAAGAAGGAACUGGAAGAUCUCAAGAGGAAACAGGUAGAAAAGCUCAAGAGAGAGCAAAAGCAGCAUCAAGUGCAGAUGGAAAAAAAGGAACUAGCAACCCAGUUGCUGGUAAAAGAAAAAGAAGAGCUCCAGCUAAUCAUGAACGAUCAACAAAUCGAGAUGGAUGAGGAAUGUAAUCGUGUGCUAUGCGAGAAGAAUAAGCUAGAAAAUGAAUUACAGAAAAAGGAAGAAGCAGCUCAGCAGAGGGAAAAGGAAGUCAGGGGGAGUCUGGCAUCAGAGGGAAAUGAGGCAGGGUACGAGGGAGGGGUGAAUGAGGGAGGGAGGGUAGGGGUUGAGCAAGUAGCACACGAAGUCUUGAUUUUAAAAGUUGAUAAUACAACACAAACAGACGGUGCAACGGCAAAAUCCAGGAUGUGGGGCUACAGUGCAAAGAUAUUUCUGUUGGCAGCUCUUUUACUGCUGAUUUUUAUCCAAGUUCUGCCCAGGCUACCUUUUUUGGCAGAAGAGGGGGAGGGAGUCUGCCAUGGAGGUCAGGAAAUCUUCCAACAUGAGAAAGGAACAAGAAGUUUAGAGGAAUACAUGGAACAGUGCAAGAUAAAGUGUAGCAGUGAGCUGGAACAGUCCAAGAAGGAAAGGAAUGACACUAAUGAUGAGCUGGAACAGUGCAAGAAAGACAUGAACGAUGAGCUGGAACAGUGCAAAAACGAAAAGAAGGGCAGUAACGAUGAGCUGGAAAAGUGCAAGAAAGACAUCAAUGAUGAGCUGGAACAGUGCAAGAAUGAAAAGAAGGAUGAGCUGGAAAAGUGGAAGAAAGACAUGAACGAUGAGCUGGAACAGUGCAAGAAUGAAAAGAAGGGAAAACGCAAGAAUGAAAAGAAGGGCAGUAACGAUGAGCUGGAAAAGUGCAAGAAGGAAAUAGUGGAGCUAGAAGAGAAAAUCGACAAUGAACUGCAGAAAAAGAGGGCAGCAGUUGCAGUUAUUGGUUCAAUUACACCACCAUCGUCAGAUAAUGAGGAGGUAGUCCCCCACUCACCACCUGAUCUUACCAAUGAAGAUCAUUCUAAGCUAGCGGAGCUUGGUCUGCCACCAAAUAAGCGAGAUAUUCUUGGUGCUCUCCUGGCUCUCUACAACAAGACAGAGUAUUAUGAUGUGUUCUCAGUCCAAGUCAGUAGACCUGGAAUGGAACUGAGCCGCAGCUACAUACUGGAGCAGACUGAAUAUUUUUUUAGAAAUUCAGGAACAAAACGAAAAGUUAUUUGCCUUUUUACACCUAUAACACUUAGAUACAUUUAUUGUCAUAUUUCUCCAGUGAUUCUCCACUACUAUGGCAACGGUCGGAGGAACACUGGUGACUGGAGUUUCAGAGAUGGCUUCAUCACCUUCAGAGACAUUGCUGAUCUCUACAUGAAACACAGCCGUGGUCGAGUCCUCGCCAUAGUCACUGACUGUCAUUCCUCUGGAUGGUGGGUUAGGGAGUGUGCCAAGUUCCUGGAUGAGCAGGGAGUGAAGCCAUGUGGACACUCAGCCAGGGAGAAGGGCAUUCUUCUGGAGGUCUUCGCAUCAUGUCAGGCAGGCCAAGACUCUGUAGAAUUAGCUCAUACCACACGAGCCAUGGAACUGGGAGAAAAUGGAUAUGUGGAAUACUACCAUAACAAAAAGCUAAGUGCUAAGCAGCGUGCAUUUAGUGUUGACUUCACUGAGGAGGAGUGCGGUAGUGCCUCUUGGCCAACUGCUGAACAAGUGACAGAUCAUGUUUGGGGAGAAAAUGAAGAAAUGGCAACUUCAGAGAAGGAGCAUCAAGCUAUCAUGCAGAUACUUAAGGAAAAGAUCAAGAUUUUUAAUCAAAAGAAGCUUGUAGCAAGUAUGAUUAUUGGUUCAACUACUGGAAAGACACUCCAUCCAGAUGUGGUCCCCCAGACUCCGACCGACAUAUCAGAUGAUGAUCGUCAAGUACUGACAGAGCUAGGUCUACCUCCAGACCAGUGGGACAACCUCAAUGCUCUAUGGGACUCUCUACAACAAGACUAAGUGGGUGGUAUUGCCAGUCCAAGUCAGUAGACCUGGAAUGGAACUGAGGCGUGUCUAUGUACUGGAGCAGAUCGAGUUUCUUCUCAAAAAUACAAAAGAGACUGUUGUUCUCCAUUACUAUGGCAAUGGUUGGAGGAACACUGGUGACUGGAGUUUCAGAGAUGGUUUCAUCACAUUCAGAGACAUCGCUGAUCUCUACAUGAAACACAACCGCAGUCAAGUCCUCAACAUAGCCGCUGACUGUCAUUCCUCAGGGACAGUGGGUGAGUGAGUGUGCCAAGUUCCUGGAUGAGCAGGGAGUGAAGCCAUGUGGACACUCAGCCAGGGAGAAGAGAUAUUUUCUGAGGGUCUUCGCAUCAUGCCAGGCAGGCCAAAAUUCAGCAGAACUAGCCUACACCACACGAGCCAUGUAUGUGAAAGAUGGAAUGAUGCACCACUCCACCAGCAGAGAGCUCAGUGCUAUGCAACGUACGUUUGGUGUUGAUUUCACCGAGGUGACGUGUGGGAAGGGAAAGGAGGAAAAGUGCAGCAUUGCCCCAGAUUCGACCUGGUAGAAAGCCAUCCAGUGACACAGCUGUAGACAUUAUUGAUUGUUGUAGUAUUGACUGUAGUAUUGACUGUAGUUUCAAUAAUAAUUAUUAUGCAUUGUCUCUUCGUCCAAAGAAAAGCCGU